CUGCUCUGGGCCGGUACGCGUAACAAGCAACAAGUUUGUAACUUUGUAUGGGUAGAGUGACACUCUAGUAUGGGAGUUGUGUGGUACAACCCGUAACGUACGUGCAGUACAUACUUAACGUUAUACCGGCCAUGCCACCCCUGCUGGCCGCAAGCGCAACGCGUGCCGGUUGCACAUGUGUUAUUGCAAAUACAAGCGCACUACGCUUCUUAUGUAAUUCACUAUGAACAGGUUAUUAGUGCUUAUCGCCACUAAGCGUUGUGUGUCCGGAGGCCGUUCGCGGUCAGCGAAGCGGAGUUUCCUGUUUGGGGGCAUGGUGGAGGAGGAAAGGUUGCAGCGCAGACCGCCUACGGUGGGAGGUCCCGUUUCGUGCUCAGAGUAGCGCGCUGACAACAUUCUGCUGUGCUGAUCCGUCAGAUUUUGCUGUGUCAGCAAGAACGUCAACGGCGAAACAUGUUCUCCACGCUUACGAACGCUUUCAAUCCUUUGGAUGUAUUCUGGACGCUUGUUACGACUACAAUGCUCCUAGCCAGUUGCUGGUACUUCAUCAAGAAAGAUGCCGCUCCAGGGCUGCUGACGGCGGCGAUGCUUUACGGCAAAGUGGCCGAAACAAACAAGAAAGCUCGGCUUCUCAAAGACAUUUCAAUUCCUAAAAGAUGGUUCAAGCACUUUUAUCAGUUAGGAGUUGUCAUCUUUACCUUCAUCACCGUGUUCAUGGUGCGAUCAUAUGUUUUUGGUUUGCCGCUGCCAGGCACCAUCAUUAAAGUGGUCGAUUUCUUUGAGCCAAGGCCGGCUAUGACUGUGUCAGCAACCAGCAUCCUCCUAGUCCAAGUGCUAGAGACAUGCCAUGUGUAUCGACGUUGCUACGAGUGUAUGUUUGUGUCGGUCUACUCCAACGUGCACAUGCACGUGUGGCAUUACCUAAUGGGUUACUUUUAUUAUAUUGGAGUGCAGCUCACCAUACUGGCAAAUGCGCCAAGCACCUCAGAUUCUGCUAUGCCAAGGUUUUCUGUAUCAGAUAUCUCGGCACAUCACAUCAUUGGCACAGUCAUCUUCCUUUGGGCUUUCUGUGUGCAGUUCGACUCUCACCUUCGCAUGGCUUCCUUACGGAAAGAUCAUAAAGGCAACGUGGUCACACUGACUCACAAGAUUCCCCAAGGGGGCAUGUUUGCAUAUGUCUCCUGCCCUCACUACAUGGCUGAGCUUGCAAUCUACUGUGCACUCAGCCUGGUCUUAGGCCAGCCCAACACCACCUGGUGGCUCAUGAUGGCCUGGAACUGGUCCAACCAAGUGGCCAUCUCUUUCUUCAGCCACAACUGGUAUCGGCAAAACUUCCCCAGUUACCCAAAGCACAGAAAGGCAAUCAUACCCUUUGUGCUCUAGCAUUGUGUGAGAAUAAUGCCAUGUUUGUUCACUAUUCCCUUUUUAUGGUUAUAGAUGUACAAAGAAAUUAAAAAGUGCCUCUAGAAUGUCUUUCAAAGUUGCAAGUAGUCAAGCAAGUUUUGGGGAAAUCGGUAAUGUGGGGGAAGUUUCAUGGAAAUGAAAGUUGGCCUCAUCCAUCUUGUCGUGGACGCCAGCUUUCACUCUCAUUAAAGUUUCAAGUAAAUGAUGUUGUCAGUACACCAUGUUUUGUGAAAUUUUUCACAUAAGACAUUUACUGCGAUAGCAUAGCCACAAGUUGGCUACACCCCGUCUGCUUCUACUGCUCAAGGGGUGUGCAUAUGUGUGCCCAUCAGGGGUGGGCAAACAAACCUCAAAUAACCUCUGACCCAUUAAUAUACGACAUUAAGCUGUGGGUACCAACAGUGUGCAGAAACCAUGCAUUUGAAUGUUGAGUACGGUGUGUUUAGUGCCUGCUCCAGGGAAAGAAACACAUGUAAGCAUGCUGUUGGAAUAUAUACUUGUUUGCAGCAAAGUUGUGCAUUUCAAGCUGCAGGUACUGUCAAGUAAAUUGCUCUUAUGACAGGAAAGGUGGCAUCCAACGUGACUCUUGAUUUAUAGAGGUCACCCCCCCCCCCCCCCCCCCAUUUUUUUCUCCCUUGGUUCUCGCUUAAUGAGAAAGUAUGCUAGACCUGUGUUUGUGGUUUGGUUAGUGGCACUUUCUAUGGAAGAGGUAGCAGAUACCUGUAAAGUGAGUCACGGUCACUGGGAAAAAAAAAUGCAAU